AUGGGUGAAACAGAAUAUACUUUGUUUUACCUAUUUUUACAUUUUCAUAAGCUUGUUAAGCGCAAUGAGGGUAAACCUUAUUCUUAUCCACCUGCUCCUCCUUUACCAGAAAGUCGUUUAAACUCUGAUUUUGCUUUCAAGUGUAUUGCUUUGAAUUAUGCUGUUCCACUGUAUAUCAAAGAUGAUUAUGAUGAUAGUACAUUGAAUAAAGCAUGGAUUUUUUUGUUUACGUGUUGCAGUAGUCGUUCGAUUUUAUUAGAUUUAUUAGCUGACUGUUCAUCUAGAUCAUGUAUAAUGGGUAUUCGUCAAUUUAUUAGAAGGCGGGGUGUUCCAGAAAUUAUUUAUUCUGACAAUGGUUCUCAAUUCGUUUCAAUUGAAACUCAAUCAUUUGCUGCAAACCAAUAUAUUAAAUGGAAAUUUAAUACGCCUUUGUCCCCUUGGUGGGGAGGGUUGUUUGAGCAACAAGUACGAAUGACGAAACGAUGUUUAAAAAAAGCCUUAAAGACCUCAAAAUCUUCUCAUGAAGAAAUACGAACAUUACUUUCUGAAAUUGAAAUGGUACUAAACAACCGACCAUUAACAUAUUUGUAUAACAACCAAGGUGAUGAAGCACUCACACCCAAUCACUUAGUUUUUGGACAUAAACUAAGGUGUAAGACUUGUCUUAGUGUUUGUGAUGAGAUAGAACAAGAUAAACAGAUUCAAGACAAAAACUGCAAAAGACAAUUAUGGAAGUUAGCACGUGUUAAAGAAUUGAUAUAUUCUAAUGAUGGAGUUGUUGGCGUUGCUAUAGUUUGUUACAUACAAGAAGGUGGUAAAUCGUGUUUAGUUAAUCGACCCAUUAAUAAACUAUAUCCUACUGAAUAUUCUGACAAAAAAAAAUUAGUAAUUGUCAUCUUUGUAAACGAGAAGAGUGUUCCUUUACUCGUCAAUGGUGGCGGGAGUGUUGAAGUCUAUUCGGCUUCACGAAAUUCACGCAAUCCAUUGGUUUAA